UAUCGCCAUUGUCCCCGCUCGAACAAGCAUCUGUAUCGCCCAUUUGCCCUCAGCAAAUACUAUACUUUGGGUGCCUACUCUUCUUUUUCGGUACCGACAGAUGAUUGUUGCAUUGUACGAAACUACGGAUACUUUGACAUCCGAUUGAUUGUCGUUAUCCACGUGCAAUACAUACUGUACAGAACCCCUGUAAACCUACGUUGUCGACGUGGUUUUCAGUCCUGAACACGAUCGCAGGGUAGAAUAAACGGCCGACGAUUCUCCAGUACUUUGGAGCACAGCGUGCCUUGCUGCUCAAACUGCUCUGAUAUGGCUACAAUCGCUCUUGAACGGCCGCUUCCUCCCCACAGACCCGCUUCGGCUCUUAACGCCCCCAUAACGCCUCCGCUGUCUCUCGAGGGCUUCAACACCCCUCCGUCUUCGCAAGACUUGCCAUAUCAACAAUCCAUUGUACCAAACAAGCACAUUCCCGUUUGUCCACCUGGCUCCGGACAAACAGAGUCGCUCGAAACACCCCCCGAUUCGCCCAACAGUGACGAUUUUGCCCGCCAACCAACCCUCCUUCAUCCCAUCGAUGACUUCACACGCCGUGAUUCUGGACCAUACUCCAUCUUUGAGAUUGACCCCACCACUGUUGCCAAUGCCCUCGAUAUAGCUUCCCGCACUCCCCUACCAGAGCCUGCUCUUGUCUUUCCCUGGCUACACGGACUGCACCCACACAACCAGCUUCAACAGGCUUUCUUCAAUGCCCGGAAGCGGGCGCACCGCAAGGCGCCGUCAUGUAUGCGAGGAAUCACACUUGUCAAAGCUGAUGGAGACCUGACCCGAUCCCGCCUCAAGGGAGCUCUGGCUCCCGAGGAGCUGAUUCGGGCUGAUGCGUCUACACCAGUGUUCCAUGAGGCUGAUCCCCCUGAAGGCUUCUCCGUGCGAAAUUUCCACAUCCAGCCGCUGAAAGCUGCCUUGUUGUCUGACAUUAUCGUUUACGAUGAGUGCGAAAAGACUGCCGCCCAGGUGGCUUGGCAAUUCGCAACCGCCCAACAGCACUGGCGUGAGAAGCAUUUGACAGGGGAUGAUGGUUUUCCGGAGUAUCAUACCUUCGUUUGCGUCGGGGACUUUGAAGAUUUUGAAGAGAAUCACAGACACAUUGUCGCUGUCGAUUCAAAGGGCUACGCGACUGGAGAGGUUCUUGACUUUAUUGCCCAAGAGAGAAAAGAGAUGUGGAACAUGACGGAAGCGUCUGAAAUCUCAAGAAACGUAUUCAUGGGUCCGACUCCCGAGCUGGGCAGCGCUGAGGAACAACAAUUUGAUAUUUUGAUUGAGUGCAGCGAUGGAGCACGUCUCAACCCUGAGGCCCUGCAGCUGGUUGCUGAGAGUCCUGCCGAAGUCAUCACCCAGCCAUACCAUGAUUUCCCUUCAUCUGGUAGUAUCUUGCCGCCAACUUACAGUCACGCCGAAGCCGACGCCCUGUUGGAAACUUGCAAGUGGAUCUAUCACCUGGCACACGGGACCCGGCCGUGCGGCGUCGAUGGUGAUGGCGAUGUUUCAAUGGACAUGGCCGACAAACAUUCGACGCACAUUGUGCCUCGCAAGAUCUUGAUUCACUGCGGCGAUGGCUAUACCGAGUCAUCGAUGUUGGGAAUCGCAUAUUUCAGCUUCAGCACUGGACAGCCCGUGCCAGAAGCAUGGCUGAAGCUACACACGGAAAAGGGCAGGAACUUCUUCGCAUAUCCCAGCGAUGUCGCUCUUCUCAAGGCCAUAGCGCCACGUCUUCUGACCGAGUCACCUGCGUGUCGAGGCAAGACACUAUUGGACAUCACGAACAUGGUCAAGCAAGAGCCUUCGUGGCUGCCUGGCCUCGACGGUUCGCUUCCCAGCCGUGUCCUCGAUUACCUGUACUUGGGUAAUCUCGGACACGCCAAUAAUCCAGAUCUACUCAAGGAGCUUGGGAUUCGUCAGAUUCUCAGCGUCGGCGAAAACGCCAUCUGGCGAGAUGGAGAUUCGGAGGCUUGGGGGGAGGACAACGUCUACACUGUGGAACGAGUGCAAGAUAACGGCAUCGACCCGCUGACCGAUCACUUCUCACGCUGUCUGGAGUUCAUUGAUCGCGGGCGACGGAACGGAACAGCAACACUGGUUCACUGCCGUGUAGGAGUAUCGCGGAGUGCCACCAUAUGCAUCGCUGAGGUCAUGCGUACUUUUGGAAUGUCCUUCCCGCGAGCAUAUUGCUUUGUGCGAGCUCGCCGUUUGAACGUGAUCAUCCAACCACAUCUGCGCUUCGCGUACGAGUUGCUCCGCUGGGAGGAGCAUCUACAGACGAAGAAAGAUCCGAAUGCCCGCGUCAAACGCGAGAUGGAGUGGGCAGAAAUUACGCGAGAAAUUGCGCUCAUGAACCGACCGUAUUCAAGAUAAUUGGAUAAGUAUUCACGUUUAUAUGCGCUGGUAUCAUUGCGCGCGACGGGGCGGUUAGGGGGUCGCCACACCUUGAUGGCUUGGAGGACGGCAACAUCAACAAUGCGAGUGGUAUACGAGUAUGGUUAUCUGGAUUUGGAUCGCAGUAUUAUUCUGGAAUUGGGUUACGGCAACAAAGUGAGCAAGAGCACUUGCAAACACACGACAGGAAUUGAGUUU